AUGUGCAUUUCCAAGGAAUAUGUGGAAAAUACCCUAUACCCUACACCGGGGGGAUUACUCAGAGGUUGUCAGACAUCGAUUUCACAGGCAUGGACUGCGUCAGGUGUUAUGAAUUUAUGGAAAGACGAGGAUAACCAUAGCAGUCCUCAUGUAUUCAAAAAGUUUAAUGGGUAUGAUGUUGAAAUGGGUGAGAAUGUAGCUUUGGGUGGCCCUUUAGAAGAAGGCAUGGAUGAUGAUGAACAUGUUUAUCCUCAGAUUCCAAACAUUUUUAAUGAAAAAAUUCACUGGAAGGAGCAGGAACCUGUGUUAGUUGUAUGUGUGGAAAACAAAGAGAAUUGGAAAUGGUUCGUUGAAAAUCUUGCAGAAGAUUUGCAAUGUUGGAAUGAUGGAAGUGGGUUGACUUUAAUUUAUGAUCAACACAAGGGUUUAGUUGAGGCAGUCUAUGAAGUAUUCCCAAUAGCAGAACAUAGGCAGUGUGCCAGGCAUAUAUUUGCUAACUUUAGAAAGAGAGAAGAUGUUGUGAUGGGUGAUAGAGUUGAGCCACAAAAUGAUGAAGUAAUUUGGGAAAAUGGAUCUGAGCAAGAGGUGGGGGUUAAUAAAGUUCCUAGGCAAGUGAAAACUAUGUGUCAACCAAAGAGGAGAAAGAAGUCAGAGAGAAUUAUUAAACUAAAGCUUGCUAAAAGAGCUGCAUGUGAAGGUAGUAGUGUUGGAUCGCCAAUAGACUUAGAUUAA